AUUGAAAUCAUAACGAACCGAAAUAUACGAAACUAAUAUUGAACAUCCUCAAUAUUUCAAGAUGGCUCGACGUUAUGAUUCCAGAACUACCAUUUUCUCACCUGAAGGUCGUUUGUACCAGGUUGAGUAUGCUAUGGAAGCAAUUGGACAUGCUGGUUCUUGCCUUGGAAUUUUGGCCACUGAUGGAGUUCUUUUGGCAGCUGAAAGAAGAAAUGUCAAUAAACUACUUGAUGAGGUCUCUUACUCAGAGAAAAUCUACAAACUUCAUGAUGACAUGGCUUGCAGUGUAGCUGGUAUCACUUCCGAUGCCAAUGUCCUAACUAAUGAACUUCGACUUAUCGCUCAGAGGUAUUUAUUACAAUAUGCAGAACCCAUGCCUUGUGAGCAAGUUGUGAGUGCACUCUGUGACAUAAAGCAGUCCUAUACUCAAUUCGGAGGUAAAAGACCAUUUGGUGUUUCCAUUCUGUACAUGGGUUGGGAUAAACACUAUGGCUUUCAACUUUACCAGAGUGAUCCUAGUGGAAAUUAUGGUGGAUGGAAAGCAACUUGCAUUGGCAACAACAGCGCUAGUGCUGUCUCGAUGCUAAAACAAGAAUACAAAGAAGCAGGAAUAACACUGGAGGAAGCUCUUUCUUUAGCCAUCAAAGUCCUUAGCAAAACAUUGGAUAUGACCAAACUAACAUCAGAGAAAGUUGAAAUUGCUAAACUCACUCGCGAAAAUGAUGAAACAAAAAUCAAGAUCCUUCCCGCUUCAUAUGUAGAAGAGUUAAUUAAGAAACAUGAAGCAGCUGAGGCUAAAACAGAGGCAGAGAAGAAGAAAGAAAAACCAUCAACCUCUUAAAAGUGUAGUGAGACAGUGGCGUUACACAUUAUGACCAGUCAUUUUUUUUUAUUUUCAUCUUUUUUUUAUUUCAACAGUUGGGUCUUGUUAUUUUGGGGACACUAAUCACAACUGUAUUAAAAAAAUAUAUAUAUAGAAAAUAA